CCACCAAGGCUCAGAAACCGCCUACAAAACGGCGCCCGGCGUCCCACGGAUCAAGCGACCCCCUAAAAAACCAACCGAAAAAGAAAAAAAAAAGAAGCAGAGAAAAAAGCUCUCGCGGCAUGGAUUCGCACGUAGGCAAGUUAUUCGAUUCGGUGGGCUCGAUCUUCCGCGGCAGCGACACCCUCCCCUGGUGCGACCGCGACAUCAUCGCUGGUUGUGAGAACGAGGUUGCGGAGGCUGCGAAUGAAGAACAGAAGAAUGAGAGCCUUAUGAGGCUUUCGUGGGCGCUUGUUCACUCCAGACAGCCUGAGGAUGUGAACCGCGGCAUUGGAAUGCUUCAAGCUUCUUUGGACAGGUCUACCAGUCCACUGCAGACAAGGGAGAAGCUCUACUUACUGGCUGUUGGACACUACAGAACUGGUGAUUAUACAAGGAGUCGGCAGCUUUUGGAAAGAUGCUUAGAGAUUCAACCUGACUGGAGGCAAGCUCUCACUUUACAAAGGCUUGUUGAGGACAAAACCAGAAGAGACGGUAUGAUUGGCAUGGCUAUUGUCACUGGUGCCUUCGGACUUGUGGGACUUGUUGCUGGUGGAAUCAUCGCUGCCGCUUCUUCUUCAUCCUCAUCAUCUAGGAAGAAAUGAGGAACCCAUAUCAAGUGAAUAAGAUGUCAAGAUGGGCAAGAAAUCGAUGUAAAUAUGCGCAUCUUGCUGUCAUACUUGUUGCAACCGUAUACUCACGUCUCCAUUUUUCAGUCCUUUUACCAUGAGUUCAAACAGGAGACAUCACAUGCCUGCAUGUUAAACAUCAUGGAAGAUGAGGAGGCUCCUGUUAUGAGUUGCAAUCAGGAUUUACGUAACCUUGUGGUUAUCAUGGUUAUCAUGUGCAGUAAUUUUCUCAGUUUUUGAAACCACGGUAAACCUCGCGGUGGCCGCACGGUUACCACGAUAACCAUCUUACCGUGGGGUGGUUGUAACCCCGCUCAAAAUGGUUUGGUAAACCUGGUUGCAAUCCUUCAGUACUUGAACUGAUGGCUACUACCUUAAAUUGUGGAGUAAAAUUUUAAUUAACUAGAUAAUGUCUCGUGCUUUGUUACAGGAUAUAUGUUAAAUAUUAUAGAAAUGAUAAAAUGAUUUGAAUUGAAAUAUUGUGAAAAUGAUUUGAGAACGAUGAUUUAGCAUGUGUAUAUUGAGUUUUAGAAUGAAAUAAAUUGUAGAUGUAAUUACUAUAUGCAUACUUACAUGUUGAGUUUUAGGUGAUUACGGAUUA